AUGGCUAUAACCACCUUCCCAACCGUCAACAAAUGCUCAUCGAAUGGCCGAGAGAACCACACGGUGGUUGCGGACAUGGACGGGACCUUGCUAAGAGGCCGCAGCUCUUUUCCUUACUUUGCUCUCAUUGCUUUUGAGGUCGGUGGGAUUUUGAGGCUCCUAUUCUUGCUCUUGGUCUCCCCAUUAGCUGGACUCCUCUAUUACUUCGUAUCUGAGUCUGCCGGAAUCCAAGUUCUCAUCUUCGCAACAUUUGCCGGUGUGAGGGUGUCUGAGAUAGAAUCGGUGGCGCGUGCCGUGCUGCCUAAGUUUUACUCGAGUGACAUUCACCCCGAGUCGUGGCGGGUGCUCUCGGCGUGUGAGAAGCGGUGUAUUCUUACUGCCAACCCUAGGAUUAUGGUGGAAGCGUUUUGUAAAGAUUUCCUUGGAUUUGAAACUGUUUUGGGGACUGAAAUUGCAACCUACAAAGGUAAAGCAACUGGCUUUGUUUCACCACCUGGUGUGCUUGUAGCAGAGAAGAAGGCUGAUGCUCUUAAGAAGGCUUUUGGAGAUGUACAGCCAGAGAUUGGGCUUGGAGACAGGCACACUGAUAUUCCUUUCAUGGAACUUUGCAAGGAGGGUUACAUGGUUCCGGCAAACCCUAAAGUGGAAGCAGUGACGAGAGAAAAGCUCCCUAAGCCCAUAGUCUUCCACGACGGCCGCCUAGUCCAGAAGCCAAAACCUCUCACUGCCCUCCUCACCAUCCUCUGGCUCCCCAUCGGCUUCUUCCUCGCCUGCCUCCGUAUCGCCGCCGGCUCCCUCCUCCCCAUGCCACUCGUCUACUACGCCUUUUGGGCCCUCGGCGUCCGUGUCACUGUCAAGGGCACCCCACCCCCUCCCGCCAAAAAAUCCACCGGCCAGUCCGGUGUCCUCUUCAUCUGCUCCCACCGCACCCUCCUCGACCCCAUCUUCCUCUCCACCGCCCUCGGCCGCCCCAUCCCCGCCGUCACCUACUCCGUCUCUCGCCUCUCUGAGUUCAUCUCCCCCAUCAAGACCGUCCGCCUCAACCGCGACCGCGCCAAAGACGCCGCCAUGAUCAAGAAGCUUCUAGAAGAAGGUGACCUAGCAAUAUGCCCCGAGGGUACCACCUGCCGGGAGCCGUUUCUAUUGAGAUUCUCCGCACUUUUCGCUGAGCUAACCGACGAGCUAGUUCCGGUGGCGAUGGUGAACAAGAUGAGCAUGUUCCACGGCACGACGGCGCGUGGGUGGAAGGGGAUGGACCCUUUUUACUUCUUCAUGAACCCUAGCCCGGAAUAUGAGGUCACAUUUUUGAACAAGCUGCCGGCGGAGUUGACUUGUGGGGCGGGCAAGUCGAGCCAUGAGGUAGCGAAUUAUAUACAGAGGGUUAUAGCGGCCAGCCUUUCGUAUGAUAUCACUAGUUUUACAAGGAAAGACAAGUAUAGAGCUCUUGCUGGCAACGAUGGCUCUGUGGUUGAGAAACCUGUGCUGCAACCCAACAAAGUCAUGGGGUGCUAA